GCUUCUUCUCCUAUGCUAUAAAUUCAGAGCAGAGACAGGAACCAGGGUUAGGCACUGCGGCUUAUACGUUUCCUGUUUUAGAAGAGAGAGAAAGAGAAAGAGAAAAAAAAAAAAAAAAAAAAAGUCAGAGAGUAGCAAAAUGAAGUUGUUGGAACGAAGAUGACAGUUGGAGCAUGUUUGUGCCUGAUAACCUAGCACUCACCCUUUCCUCCGCCAAAGCUUCGUAGAGGUUGUGGAAUGGGACCAGACUUCUUAUUUUUUGUUCUUUUACUUUGAGGCUGGCAUUACAGGACAGAGGGAGAAGUAUCCCAAAGUGAAAAGGAGAGGAGGUGACUACAAACUUGCAAGUUUACGUACUUGAUUACUGACAUGAUUAGCCAACCUGAAAAGACACCACAACGGCAUAAACGUUCAAGUGAGAGCUAUGAUGAGAAGUGCGAGCGGCGGCAUGAGACACGCGAGAAUUUGCGGAGGCGAAAAAAUGUGACCACGUGCCGGCGCAUUGGGAAAUACAUUGAAAAGGAAGCAGAGAAGCAGUCCCAGAGUCCCCGGCAGAGAGAGUUCCUGAGAAGAAGAAACCUAGUGACUGAAGAAACAAACAAACCAAGGAAACCUCUCCCGGGAGCACAAGCUCCCCUAGGACAAGGGAAUGAGACAUAUAUCCCCCAGCAUCCCUCACCAUGGGUGGAUCUGAGGUCACCGGUUCCAUUCCAGAUACUCACAGAAGCUGCUGUGUUGUUUCAGCGCCCAUGGAGCCACAGUGUGUCCCCAUACACACACUACCAGUUUGGGGUCAGCACGCAUCUCAGGCCGAGUAGUUUUCACUCCUGUGCCGUUUCAUCAGAAAAGAUCCCCAGUAAAGGCAUCUCCACAGACAUUCAAGAAACUCAGAUACUUACAAAUUCAAGUACAAAAAUGAAAGACUCAAGCCAACAGACAGAUUAUGGAAUAGCAGUUUUAAAUAAGGAAAUAAUGCAACUUUCCAACUACCUGAAGGAGGCACUGCAUCGGGAGCUGUUGCUGAAGCAGAAAAUGGUGAUUUUGCAGGAGCUUUUCUCCACACUGCUGCAAGCAUCAGAAAAAUCCUGGCAGGGUCAGCUAAAUGAAGAUAAACUGAAGUGUAAGCUUAGAGCACUUGAAAAUCAACUGCAGGCCUGCACCCAGAGCUACUCAAAGGAGUGUGUGAAGAAGAUCCUCAUAGAGAUGGAGAACCAAAAACAGACCUACGAGCAGAAGGCAAAAGAGGCUCUUCAGAAAAUGCUUGAGGACAAACUUCAAGCAGAACAGCAGCUGCAAAACUCUCAGCGAUCUCUAGCAGUUACAAAAGAAGACUGUGCCCUCUGGAAAGAGCACUACAAUACACUGAAAGCUGAAUGGACCGAGAUGACCAAAACACAUGCUGAGCUCGAGAACAAUUUCUACGUUUUGCAAAGCAAACUGCAACAGGCAGACAGGCAGAAUGAAGAGCUUCACUGGGCCUUGCGUAACCUGGAAAACGAACAUGCAGAACUCCGCCUGAGAAUCAAUGCCUUGCAAGAGGACAACAAGCUUAAAGCAGAACAUAUCAGUGCUAUAGAAGGUAAAUUACAAAGAGAACAAAAACAGAAGAUAAACUUGGAGGAAACAAUUAGCCAUUUGCAUAAUUUGUUACAGAACCAGAGCAAUGAACAGAAAACUCCAGAAGUGAUGGUUCAAAGGAAAGAUCAGGUUCUCACCACGCAGACCCCACCUCUCACUCCUACCACAAAAAAACAAAGUGCUCUGUUAGAGCAGCCAGAGAAGGAAGGAGAAGAAAUUCUGAAAGAUGAGAUGCAGAAAAAGACAUCCCAACUUACAGCAAAGGAAAAUGAGUGCACAGAGCUGCGUUUGGAGCUGGAGGCCCUCAGCGACGAGUACCGCUCCUGCCUGACCAAAUUACGCCAAUGCCGAGAUGAGCUUAAUCAAUUCCAUAGCAAACAGUCAAAAGUAGGAGAAGUUCCUUUCUCUGGGUUCCACUCACCACUGCAAAUAGUGCAAGUCCCUUCAGACUGCAGCUGCAGAUGGGUCUGGGAAAAAUUCUCUCUCAUUUAUUUGGGCAGUGCAGAAAGAUGAAUGAAUGUCUAUUGGAGAUGGAAAGUUUCUUCUGCCUACCCCUUUUGCAGUAACACUUACUUCUCUUUUUCAGAGGCAGCAUGGUAACUGGAUCCCUCUCCUAGUGCUGGCAAUAGCAAUGGUCAUAGCAGCUUUCCUAGUAAGUUA